ACAUGAAUAUUAAAAUUUAAAAUAUUAAACACGCUAAUCCGCUUCUACGGGGAGUCUCGUCAAAUGGUAAAAACGUAUUUUUCACUAUUUCACACAGUACGUAUUUUAUGUUACGCAAGAGACACGUCGUCGAAACCAAAUGCACACGAGAAAAAAAGAAAACGAGCAGCUGGAAGACCUGCUCAGCCAAUAUUUUAGAACGAGAUCAUUUUUCCCGUAUGGAUCCGUCAAAGAUGACAAGUCAUCGACAUAUCAAGAAGAUAGUGUACAAAAUAGAGUGCACCAGAAAUACAACAAGCCCGAAUCGCCCACGUUUGAGUUUAAGACGUUUUGCUCCAUGACCAGCUUGCACGGAUUCUUUCAUUUUGUGGAAAAUAAUUUUAACAAGAUUGGAAAAUUCUUUUGGGCCAUUAUCUUGGUGGCCAUAUACAUACUGUGUGGUGUGUCGAUUUACUUUUUAAUAAGCAUGUUCUCGGAGAUGCCAGCAAUAAUAUCGUUGGACAACUCGGUUUCGUCGAUUUGGACAAUUCCGUUUCCGGCAGUUACGGUGUGCAGUGCGAACAAAGUCCGCCCAUCCAUUUAUAACUAUUCGGAUGUUAACAAUAACGACUUCGAAGACAAAUUAAUCCGGAAUACGAUGUACGGUAUUUGCGAAAAUAAUCCAAUAAAGGAAAAAUGGAAAUCGUAUGAAGAUUUUCUAGACGGUUCCUUUGUUUCGCAAGUUCUAAAGGAAAGUAUACUAUUAUUGUUAUUAUUAUUACUGUCGUACUACUCGUGUCGAGCGUUUUUAUUUUCCCACAAGUUUAUGUACUGUGGUAAUCUGUCUUUUCCGUGUGAAGAAGUGGUCAAGUCAUUUUUUUGGUUACGGACAACAGAAAACGAUCCGUGCAACGUUCUGUUUCAAGAAACGUUCACGUCGUAUGGCUUGUGUUACUCGUUCAAUAUGAUGCCGAUGAGGGAUUUACUGAACGGCGUGGACGAAUGGUCGCAGGAAUUCAACAACUACAAUUGGAAAAAAUAUAAUAGUAGCUGGAAGCCGGACACCGGAUAUAGAAGCAACGCGCUCAAAGGUCAUUUGCCACUGAGGACGUUUGGCGACGGUGAUUAUCACAGUGCUACUAUGAAGUUGGAACUUCACACCGAUGACAUGAACAAAGAUUGUGGAAACGGGUUGGACGCGUUCUACAUAUUGAUCCAUAGUCCGGCCGAAUGGCCCGACAGGUCACAUCCGACAUUGUUGGCCAACAUCAAUAUGAUCUCGACUAUUUCAAUUAAACCGUUUGUGCUUACCACCGCCGAGGAGCUAAUAUCGUGGGAACCCCACAUAAGGCACUGUUACUUUCAAAACGAGAGAAAACUAAAAUUUUUCAAAGUUUACACUAAAAAUAAUUGCAUCUUGGAGUGUCGCAGCGUUAAUAUAUUGUCGGAGUGUGGUUGUGUGCCUUUUUACUACUUAAGAACGAAAAACACGCCAGUUUGCGGACCUGCUAAAAUGCUAUGUUGGGUUACUGCGUCGCAGACUUCAUCGGAUUCAUGUGAUUGUUUACCGGGAUGUACUGAAUUUUUUUUCAAAAUGUCAUCAAUGAAUGCGCAACUCACUGAAUCUGCUCAAAACAAAAAAAAAAACGACCCGGCACCUAGUUCGUUGGUAUUGAGUGUUUAUUAUCAGAGUAAAAAUUUCAUUGGACAUAAUCGAAUAAUGACUUUUACGUUUGGUCAAUUUAUGGGUAAUGUGGGUGGUAUAAUGGGAUUGUGCUUGGGGUUUAGCUUUUUGAGCUUGGUAGAGAUUUUUUACUUUUUAACACUCAGACCACUCGUGAACUUUUGUAACGCAAAAAGAAAAUUGAGAAAAGUUGACCCAACACGAGUGUUAGAAGAAGAGCCGAUUUGAUCCAAUUUAAUUCAAUUGAACCACAACAGUAAUAAUCAGCUAUCAGAUAUUGUUGAAAAAUCGAAGAUUUGCGUGCACUCUCUUAUCUACACAAAAUAAUAAAUUAUCAGUUUCGACUAUACGAUUUUUUUAUUUGAUUUUCUGUAUUUGCAUAAUAUUAUAUUUCUAUUGCACAAUACUUUAA